AUGAACCUCCUCGGCAGCAGAGCCUCCUCGGCAGCAGAGCCUCCUCGGCAGCAGAGCCUCCUCGGCAGCAGAGCCUCCUCGGCAGCAGAGCCUCCUCGGCAGCAGAACCUCCUCGGCAGCAGAACCUCCUCGGCAGUAGAGCCUCCUCGGAAGCAGAGCCUCCUCGGAAGCAGAGCCUCCUCGGCAGCAGAGCCUCCUCGGCAGCAGAGCCUCCUCGGCAGCAGAGCCUCCUCGGCAGCAGAACCUCCUCGGCAGUAG